AUGGACGCCUCCUCCCUCCGCAUCUCCAAGUUCGAUGGAACUAACUUCCACGCCUGGAAGUUCAAGAUGCAGAUGGUGCUGGAGGAACGGGACCUAUGGGAGGUCGUCAGCGGUGAGAUCAAGGCGGAACAGUGCGAGACUCAGUUGGACCAAGCGACGUACAAGAGGAAGUCAAGAAAGGCGAUGGCAGUGAUCUGUCUAGCCAUGGAAGAUUCCCAGCUACCGUUGGUCCGGUCGGCAAGUGGUGCAUGCGACGCAUGGUCAAGGUUGGAAGACCACUUCGAGAAGAAGAGUCUUGCCAACAAGCUGUUCUUGCGCCGUCGCUUCUUCACGACAAUGAUGGAAGAAGGCGACGAUGUGCUCGAACACAUCAACAAGCUCAAGACGCUGGCGGAACAGCUAGAAGCGGUGGGGGCUCCAGUCUGCGAGGACGAUCUGGUGAUCACACUCCUCGGCAGCCUGAGUGACUCGUAUCAAUUCUUGAUCACAGCUUUGGAGUCGCGCUCAGACACUCUUAGCUGGGAGCUCGUGACGUCUCGACUGCUUCAUGAAGAAAUGAAGCGGAAGGAGCAAGGAAGUAAAGGUGAUGAAGCUUCGCAAGGUCAAGCGUUCAUCACAAGGGACAAUCAGCGCAAAGGGCGACCAGUGAAGAAGUCCUGGCCGUGCCACAAUUGCGGAAAGAUUGGUCACUGGAUGGCGGAGUGCCCCUCGCGCAUCCAAGAAAACACGGAGAGACACCGGCCACAGCGUGCUCAAGACAGCGGCGACCGCUAUCGAUCACAACGUGCAAACGUCGCUCAAGAAGAAGACUCGGGCGACUACCUCUUUUCGAUCGGUGAAACGACAUCUGCGAAAUCGAGCGACAUCUGGCUGGUCGACUCCGGGGCGACGCAGCACAUGACGUGCUCCAAGAAGUUCAUGCGGAACUACAAGGGGUUUGACGCUGUGGAUGUCCAUCUCGCGGAUGAUGGAAUCGUCCAAGCAAUCGGCAGUGGGGACAUUGUCAUGUCGAUGAAGACACCCCAAGGGAUGAAGAAAGGUGUGCUCACAAACGUGUGGCACAUCCCAAAAGUUAUCCAGAAACCUGUUCUCGGUCGGCCGCUUCACCAAGGAUGUCGGCCCAGUGACGUUCACGAAGGAUGGGUGCUAUGGAGAAGCGAAAGGGACCAAGUGGAAAAUUGGUGCCCGUGA